GCCUAUCUUUCUCCCCUCACAGCUUUCCGUCUUAGCCAAUUCAUGGGAGAACACGAAUACAACAGAAGAAAACCCGCAGGAGCACAUGUACAAGGAAAUCACCAGAUACAGAAUCAUGAAUGCUCAGUUUGAGUGCUACCAGAGGAUCAUGAAGGAUGUCAACCGAACACGAGAAGGGUCCAUGUGUAACCGCACCUGGGAUGGCUGGCUAUGCUGGGACGACACCGAAGCCGGCAUCACCUCUGAUCAGUUCUGCCCCGACUACUUUGACAACUUUGACCUUACAGAAAUGGUGACAAAGAUUUGCACAGAGAGUGGCUAUUGGUUCAUACAUCCUGAAAGUAAUAGAACCUGGACCAACUACACCAGCUGUAGAAAAACUAUCAUUGAAGGAGGAAUAACUGCGAUGAAUUUGUUAUACUUGGCCCUGAUUGGUGAUGGAUUGUCACUUAUAUCUUUGUUUAUUUCACUUGGGAUCUUUUUCCACUUCAAGAGUUUAAGUUGCCAAAGGAUUACUCUGCACAAGAACCUCUUCUUCUCCUUCGUAUUGAAUUCCAUUGCCUCAAUCUGGUUAAUGACUUCCACCAAGAACAAUGAGGUGGUGCAGCAAAACCCAACCAGCUGCAGGCUGUCCAUGCUGAUCCAUCUCUACCUGUUCGGCUGUAACUACUUCUGGAUGCUGUGUGAGGGGAUCUACUUGCACACUCUCAUUGUGGUGGCGGUGUUUGCUGAGAAACAGCACCUGAUGUGGUACUAUCUGCUGGGAUGGGGAUUCCCACUGAUACCAGCCCUGAUCUACGCAGUAGCCCGCAGUUACUACCACAAUGAUAAGUAAGUUUGGGACUAG